GCAGCCGGGAAAGGUGUCGGGGCUUUCUCCUCUCCUCCUCCUCAGAUGUUGGGAAAGUGACAGUCGUCUCGGGACCAAGACAUUCAGUGUUUGUGAGGUAGGGACUUUGUCGACAUUUUGUCGAUUUGUUUUUUUUUUUAAGAAAAGAAAGAGAUGUCGGAAAGAAUAGCGUCGUGUGGCAACCUGUGUGAUACGAGCUCCCUCCUGCUCCGCUAUUACAACGAUGAUAACCUGUCUGCGGGCAGUGGGAUGGAGAUGGAUGACCGUCUCUCUCACCUGGAGCAGAGGGUCCAGCUGCAGGAGGAUGAGAUCCAGCUGCUAAAGGCUGCUCUAGCAGAUGCAUUGCGCAGACUGGGCUGCUGUGAGGAGAUCUCACAGGCCAACAGCAGAAAAGGCGCACCCACCAAAGUUCGUCAGAUUCUGCAAGCUCUACCUUCCAAGCCUUUAACCAAUGGCUAUGUCCAACAGAAAAGGUUGGGGGGCUACCCAUCAUCACCCUCCUCUCCUAAAAAGGAGGUGAUAAUGUCCAUCAAGAGGAAAAGUAUGUCCACAGAGCGUCUGUCCACAGCCAGGAGAGAGACAGCAGACUCGCGCAGCAGAACCACCUCAACCAGCAGCUCUACCUGUGGGAAAAGAGACAGUAAAUCCAAAGAGUGUACCCUCAAUGCUGAGGAUCGCUAUGUGAGGAUGUUUCUACGUGGCCGUCCAGUCACCAUGCAUAUUCCAGACCAGCUGAGAGACAGCUACAGCCUUGACCACAAGGUGGCACUGCCUGAGCGCAAGCUGAAGCUUCAGUGGGUGUAUGGCUACAGGGGUCGAGACUGCCGCUCUAACCUCUACCUGCUACCCACGGGAGAGAUUGUCUACUUCAAUGCCUCUGUGGUGGUGCUGUAUAACGUGGAGGAGCAGCAGCAGAGACACUACCUGGGCCACAAUGAUGAUGUCAAGUGUUUGGCUGUGCAUCCAGACAUGGUCACCAUAGCGACAGGACAAGUUGCUGGAACAUCCAAAGAUGGCAAGCUGUUGGCUCCACAUGUUCGUGUAUGGGACUCUGUCAGCCUGAACACACUGCAUGUGAUUGGAAUGGGUGUGUUUGACCGUGCUGUCACCUGUGUGGCCUUCUCCAAAUCGAAUGGUGGCGCCCAUCUGUGUGCAGUUGAUGAUGCAAAUGACCACAUCCUGUCUGUUUGGGACUGGCAGAAAGAGAAGCAACUUGCUGAUGUUAAGUGCUCCAAUGAUUCUGUACUGGGGGCUGUCUUCCACCCCAUGGAGGCCAACUUGAUUGUCACCUGUGGAAAGUCCCACCUCAAUUUCUGGACUAUAGAGGGGAACACUCUGACCAAGCGGCAGGGACUGUUUGAGAAACAUGAGAAACCCAAGUAUGUUUUGUGUGUUGCUUUUGCUGAGAAUGGUGAUGCAAUAACAGGGGACUCCAGUGGAAACAUCUACAUCUGGGCUAAAGGUGGUAACAGAAUCAGCCAGGUGGUGGCAGGAGCUCAUGAAGGUGGGAUCUUCUCCGUGUGUGUGCUGAAGGACGGUAGGCUGGUAUCUGGAGGAGGAAAAGACCGCAAGGUGGUGCUGUGGGACCAUGAAUACCAUAAGCAGAGCGAGAUGGAGGUUCCUGAGGCUUUUGGGCCUGUCCGCACUUUAGCCGAGGGAAAACAAGAGGAGCUGUUUGUGGGAACAACCAGAAACGCCAUUCUGCAAGGCUCUUUCUCUGGUACUCUUACACCUAUUGUUCAGGGACACACAGAUGAGCUGUGGGGACUGGAUGUGCACCCCAGCAUUGAACAGUUUGUGACCUGUGGCCAAGACAAGCAGGUCCACCUGUGGGACACCAACUCCCACCAACCUCUGUGGAGCAAGGUCAUCGAGGACCCUGGCCGUUCUGCUGGCUUCCACCCGAGCGGCACUGUGCUUGCUGUGGGCACCAUGACUGGAAGGUGGUUGGUGCUGGACACUGACACCAGGGACCUUAUUUCUAUGCAUACCGAUGGCAAUGAAAUCAUCUCCAUCGUCAAGUACUCUCCAAAUGGAGCAUACCUAGCCGUGGGUUCCCAUGACAAUUUCGUUUACAUCUAUACUGUGUCUGAGGAUGGGAGAAAAUACAGCCGUGCCGGCAAAUGCACUGGACAUUCCAGUUUUGUCACCCACUUAGACUGGUCCACCAACAGCCAGUAUAUUGUCACCAACUCAGGAGACUAUGAGAUCUUGUUCUGGGAGGCCUCAAGUGGGAAGCAUAUUACGAGUGCAGACGUAGUGCGCAACUUGGAGUGGGCCACUUCCACUUGUGUGCUGAGUUUUAGUGUCUUUGGCAUCUGGCCAGACGGUGCUGAUGGCACAGACAUCAAUGCUGUUUGCAGGUCAAAUGACCGUGGCGUACUGGCCACGGGCGAUGAUUUCGGCAAAGUGCACUUGUUCUCUAACCCCUGUUCUCAGCCAAGGGCACCUAGUCAUGUAUAUGGUGGACACAGCAGCCACGUGACCAACGUUGCCUUUCUCCAUGAUGAUAGUCACCUCAUCUCCACUGGAGGGAAGGACACCAGCAUCCUUCAGUGGGCACUAGCCUAGUUAUGCCUGAGCAGCCCUGCUACUUAUUUGCUGUAUCCUCCUGCCCAAUAGAGGGCAGCACUGCUGUGCCUACCCUGCACCCAUAUUGUCCUGUCAGUCAGUAGUCUACUGUACCACUGUUUGUUAUAAAGAGUGACCUUAAGUGCUGGUCUGGGACCAGUCUUUUUUCCUUUU